CCUAAGCUCAGCUCACUUCACUUCCUAUAGCAAGAAAAAACACCAGAGUGAGAAGGACACACAAAAAAUGGAAGUUGGGUUUUGUUUCUGGGCAGUUGUACUGACAGUUAUUACGGUUGUUAACGCCUGCCCGCCGUCAGACCGGGCAGCACUUCUGUCAAUCAAAGCUGCCCUUCACGAACCGCAUUUAGGCAUUUUCAAUUCCUGGACCGGACCGGAUUGCUGUCACGGUUGGUACGGUGUGAGCUGUGAUCCGUAUAUUCACCGGGUUGCCGACAUUAACUUACGGGGCGAGUCUGAAGACCCGAUCUUUCAACGGGCUCAUCGGGUCGGGUACAUGACCGGGUCAAUUUCCCCAGCAAUUUGCAAGUUAGACCGUCUCAGUAGCUUGACCAUAGCUGACUGGAAAGGUAUCUCAGGUGAGAUUCCAAAGUGUAUAACUUCACUCCCUUUUCUUCGGACCCUUGAUUUAAUCGGUAACCGGUUUACGGGUCGGAUUCCGGGUGAUAUUAACCGGUUAAAGGAGCUCACGGUUCUUAAUUUAGCUGAUAAUAUGCUAACCGGGUCAAUUCCUCCAUCGAUUGUCAAGUUGACCCGGUUGAUGCAUUUGGACUUGAGAAACAAUAGGUUAUCGGGUGAAUUACCAAGUGAAAUGGGUAAGCUUAAAAUGAUGAGUCGGGCUUUGUUGAGUGGAAACCGUCUUGGUGGGCCUGUACCCGUCUCAUUAUCCAAUAUCUAUCGCCUUUCGGAUUUGGAUCUUUCGCUUAAUCUGUUGUCGGGUCAAAUACCCGAUAUGUUCGACAAGAUGCCGGUAUUAGCAUCAUUGAACCUUGAUGGUAAUAUGAUUUCGGGUCAAAUACCAAGGAGUUUGUUGAAUUCGGGUGUGAGUAUUUGUAACUUGAGCCGGAAUGCGUUGGAGGGUCGGAUACCCGAUGUUUUCGGUUCGAAGUCGUAUUUUACGGUUUUGGAUCUUUCUCACAACCGGUUUAGUGGGCCUAUACCCAAGUCCAUUUCCUUAGCCGCUUACAUUGGGCAUUUGGACUUGAGCCAUAACAACCUAUGUGGGCCUAUACCCGGCGGAGCCCCGUAUGAUCACCUCGAAGCGUCGUCGUUUGUUUACAAUACUUGUCUAUGUGGCAAGCCACUUAGUAAAAGAUGUUAAGAGUAACAAAAAUGAAUGUCUAAGCUACUUGGUUCUUUUAAAUUAUCUUGGUCUAUAUAUAUAUAUUCCAUUGAAUUAUUUAUGUUAA